AUGUGCAUUGAUUUAGUGGGUAUACAGUAUAUACAGAAGAUCCAUUAUUUCGGAAGAGCGAUUCAGGAUGCGCGAUAUGCGUUGGUGAACGUUGGCGGUAAGAUGGUUCAUGUACCCGAUUUGAUGAGAUAUGCUGCUGUUUUGCAACAGAAGUACGGUGAUCGGAAAUCGAAAGCAAACGUAUACGUAAGGGGUGCUUUUAUACCAAAAAAUAUUUCCGCAAUCCGAUUUAUCGAUCAUAGCGCCCAGCCAAGUUCAGACAAUAUUUAUAACUUUACGGCGAACAUUUUUCUUAAAUCAAACGAACUGGCUGAAAUGGCUUACGUAUAG